CUGCCUUUUCCGUCUCUGGCUAGACUAGACUAUUACCGGUACGUGUGGGACUUUUAUUGUGAAGACCAAAGGAAAUAAUAGACCCGGAAGUUGUUCUCGCUGUCGCGCUAUGAUUGAAUCUGAGAAGAACGGAGGAUGAGGAGGGAGAACAUGUCUGAUACCCCUACCGAAGCGGGAAAGGAGAUGCCGACAAAAAAGCAGAAGCUGAGCAGUGAUGAAAACAGUAAUCCCGAUCUCUCUGCAGAUGAGAAUGUAAGUUCGAUGUGGUUUUGUUCUGUUUGUAUCGGCGCCAACAUGAAAAAUGGUUAACUAACGUUAGCUAGCUAAGUAGCUAACGUUAGCUAGCUAUGAAAAGUUCGGCUAACUAGCUAGCGUCUGGUAGUUGAUUUUGGAGUUCGUGAUGAUAGCUGGGCCUUUCCCUAUAUUUCAACUAGGCCUAGUUGUUGUUUUUAGCUACCUUGCUAACGUUAGUUGUGGUUAUUUCCCUUUCAAACAUUCCAGAACAGGAAAUAAGAAAAGCCUCACUCAACGAGCAAGGGAUGCGAGACAACACUGCAAAGGGCCUCCACCUAAGCUAGCUAGUUGGCUAGUUAUGCUCUCUAGGUAGCGUUAGCUAUCAAGUUUUGGACCCUUCUGGGAUUGCCCAAGUAGAUAAUCAUUAGCCAGUUGUCAGUUUAGUUUUUCUAGUCUAUCUCAAGCCCCUCACACCCAGGUAUGCCUUAGAUGGCCUCAUGGUAGGCCAGCCCACAUCUGACACCAGUGUAACGAACAGGGGGUGCAGAACAUCAUUGCAGGUUGCAAACGCAUCAACCACAACCUAGCCCAUCACAUGUUGCUAUCAUUUGUGUUUGUAGGAUGAUGCUGUCAGCGUUGAGAGCGGGACCAAUGUGGAGCGCCCAGACACACCCACCAACACAGCCAACGCUCCAGGCAGGAAGAGCUGGGGCAAGGGCAAGUGGAAAUCAAAGAAGUGCAAAUAUUCCUUCAAGUGCGUCAACAGCCUCAGGGUGAGCCCAUGUUAUCAAGAAUAUUUCCAAUAAAUUCCAACUGCAGACAUGUCACAUCUUGUCAACUGCGCCUACUUUUGAUUCCAGAAAUGUCGUAAUCUCAGCCUUGGAAUGCCUGUUAUAAGUAUGUGUGAACUGUGCUGUGCAUAUGAUACUGUGUGAGUUGUAAACAGCUGAAUGAAGGUGUGCUAAUGUUACGGGUGGGCUCUGAACCCAGGUCUCCCACAGGACAAACCAAUGUCUUGACCAAGAGGAAAUUCCCCCUUGGGCCGAGGUUCACACUGAUUUUGAAGUCGCAGGCAGGGAUACCUCAUCACCUUGACCAUGAGCUCAACUCAACUCAUAAUUAACUGGUUCUUUACACAGGAGGAUCAUGGCCAGCCAUUGUUUGGGGUCCAGUUCAACUGGCACAGUAAAGAAGGGGACCCGCUUGUGUUUGCUACUGUGGGGAGCAACAGAGUAAGUAUCUUUGGCAUCACAUACACCAUGUUGAAAGUGUAAUAACCAACGCAGGUGGCGUAAAAUACAGAAAUGAGGGGUCUAAUUCUUAAACCCAUGUGCCACUUGUCACUCCUGACUAUGUGAUGUCCUUCAUUUACCAGGUAACACUGUAUGAGUGCCAUUCCCAAGGAGAGAUCCGACUCCUGCAGUCUUACGUGGAUGCCGAUGCAGAUGAGAACUUCUACACCUGCGCCUGGACCUUUGACACCAGUACAAGCCAUCCGCUCCUGGCCGUGGCCGGGUCACGUGGCAUCAUUCGGGUGAUCAACCACAUCACCAUGCAGUGUAUCAAGGUGGGUGAAUCUCUAAGUAGAUCAACCACAUCACCAUGCAGUGUAUCAAGGUGGGUGAAUCUCUAAGUAGAUCAACCACAUCACCAUGCAGUGUAUCAAGGUGGGUGAAUCUCUAAGUAGAUCAACCACAUCACCAUGCAGUGUAUCAAGGUGGGUGAAUCUCUAAGUAGUUUUAGGGAUGGAAUUUAAAUUGGUGCAGAAGGGGGGAGGGGUUAGUUGUGCCACAUCUGAAUAUUUUGUUGUUUUUCAAUGCAGCACUAUGUGGGUCACGGGAACGCCAUCAACGAGCUCAAGUUUCACCCCAGAGACCCCAACCUCCUACUAUCUGUCAGCAAAGGUAGAACAACUACUCACCAUAGCUGUGACUUUACAGAAGAUAAUAUUUCCUCAACUGACUUAACCUUUUGAGAACUUAACGAUUUACAUUUAGGAAGGAUUAUAGUCUGUGUGUAUUUACACCAUUAACAGAAUGACUUAACAGAAAAUCAACUGUCGGUGUGAAUAUCUCAUCAGCUUUGUGUUUGUGUGUUUUUAGACCACGCCCUUCGUCUUUGGAACAUCCAAACAGACACACUGGUGGCCAUCUUUGGAGGUGUAGAAGGCCAUAGAGAUGAAGUCCUCAGCGCAGUGAGUACACCACACUACCAUCUCUUACUAGCUUUCUUGAUCAAUAGAAGUCAGGGAUUUCUAUGUGUAUGUUAUCAUUGAAAAUGUCAAUACAUGUCAAAUAAAUGAGAUUUCUGAUUUAAUAAUCAAAGUCUGUCUGCGCCAGGACUUUGACCUGCUAGGUGAGAAGAUCAUGUCGUGUGGAAUGGAUCACUCUCUGAAGCUCUGGCGGAUCAACUCGGAGAGGAUGCAGAAAGCCAUUAACGGAUCCUAUGAAUACAACCCCUCUAAGACAAACAGGUGAAAAUAUUGAUUGUGGGAAACAAACGUACGUGUAUUCCCAUGUAUAUUUCAGUUAUUCAGCAGACUUUUACCCACAACAAAGCGCAUUCAAAUAAUAGGGCUGGAAAAAAUGCAUAAAAGGAACAUCGUACAGUGUUGCCAGGCUACAGUCAGAAUCUCACUUUGUUGAGGUUUUCAAAGUAAAAAUGUUUUCUCCUUUAACCGAUGAUUCGGUCUUCUUCUUACAGGCCAUGGGUCUCUCAGAAGAUCCACUUCCCAGACUUCUCUACCAGAGACAUCCACAGGAACUAUGUGGACUGUGUACGCUGGCUGGGAGAUCUGAUUUUAUCCAAGGUAAGACUGUGAGAAGCUUCUUGUUCAAACACAGAUACGUUACAUCCUGUUAUUAGGUUGUGGAUCCCGUUGUGAGCCUCAACCCCUACUCCUUUGUUCCUGUCCUGACCAGUCGUGUGAGAACGCCAUCGUGUGUUGGAAACCAGGGAAGAUGGAGGACGACAUUGACCUCAUCAAACCAAAUGAGUCCAACGUGACAAUCCUGGGUCGCUUCGACUAUAGCCAGUGUGACAUCUGGUACAUGCGUUUCUCCAUGGACUUCUGGCAGAAGGUAAAGAUGAUAUUCUCCUUUCGUUGUGUCUGUCGGAUGUGAAGAAUCCCUUAUCUGCUACUGUUCUUCCCAGUAUUGGAAGCAAACAGUGGUUUGGUGUUGGAACUCUAUAAAAAAUAGAUGCAAGGCUGUUGUUUUACAUAAAAAAUAUAAAGUAUAGUAUUGUCUCUCCACAUAGAAAGUUGUCUGAAGCUCAAUAAGUAUUGUUUGACUAUUGAAAUAAUACAUGUCUUGUCCUACAGAUGUUGGCUCUGGGAAACCAAGUGGGGAAACUGUAUGUGUGGGACCUGGAGGUAGAAGACCCUCACAAAGCAAAGUAAGCAUCAGUAGGGAAACUAUGUGUGGGAGUGUUGGGGAAGAUACUCUGAAAACACAGUUUACCAAGCUACCAACCGAUUCAGACUGGAAGAAGUAAAGCUACUCUUAAGAAACAUUGUUUACUAAACUAAAGUUACUUUGAAAAAGUAGUUCACUACAUCCAAACUACAUCUGAAAUGUCAGACUACUAAUUGCAUGAACAGAUCACUUUGGAGUCAGAUGUUAACAUAAUGUGUAAUUUAGCCUUAUGAAAGAGCAACAUUUUGAUUUCCGCCUAAAUAGACAUACCCAAACGCAAUUAUUUUUCAUGAUGGCCAUAAACAAUAACCGGUAAUGUUGUAUAGUUUUAGAAAGGUCUGGAACUCACCUUUCUGGUAAAUGUUGUUAUAAAUUGCUGAGGUGUACUCUUUUUAGGACACAAGCUCAAGUACAUAGUACAAAUAUGAAAAAAAUAUUAACAAACAAAUGAUAAGACUUACUAUAAGAAUUCAGUUCUUAUAGGGCGGCAGGUAGCUUAGUGGGUAAGAGUGUUGUGCUAGUAACCGAAAGGUCGCUGGUUCUAAUCCCCGAGCCGACUAGGUGAAAAAUCUGUCGAUGAGCCCUUAAGCAAGGUACUUAACCCUAAUCCAGAGCGAUUUACAGGAGCAAUAAGAGCGUCUGCUAAAUGACUAAAAUAUAAAUAAAUAUAAAAUAUUAUAACAAUAAAAUAAAUAUGAUCAUACUUGGUGGCAAUAGUACAAUAUUGGCACUCAUAACUGACAGAACUUUCUCCUAAACGUCCACUGAGCAGCGCGGAGACACCAUUGAAACGUGUGCAGACUCGUUACAACUUCAGUCUGUGACCAAGAGAAAGUGGUCUUUCAAUUCUAUGACAUUAUUUAGUAUUUUUUCAAUUUUGAAAGCUCUAUGUCCGGCUGGGAAUAUCACAGCGAGAUGAAACCACAACGGCUGGACUCAGACUGUCACCGUUCAUAUGCCGUUUCCCAGGCUGGGCUCACUUGAUCAGAGGAAAUCAAUUCUUUGUCUGGAUAGGCCAGAGAAUGUGACACGUCACUCCCUAUGUAAAUGUUGGGUCUGAAACGUGACACUUCAAGUCAGCUCCGCUGAGAGAGUAGAAAUGGUGAGCAGACAGAUGGGGCUUUCUAGCACUAUAAGGCACAGGACCCUAUGGCAUUCAGAGCGCUUUUUACUCCAAAAUGUCAGUCAGAACCGCUCCAGAACUGCUCAGUCCCCCAUACAUGGGACUUAACAUCUAAGAGGUUUAAACACACACAAAUAUGUUUCAAAUGAGAAUUAGACAGGUCUGAUGCUGAAAAAGAAAUGAAAUUGCCUACUUUACCCAUAAUUUAUUUUGGCAAUUUUUUAAAUUAAAAAGUUAACUACUGAAAACACCAAUAAUUGAAGUUAGUUCAACUAACACCAAGCACAGCAAAAUGUAAUUAAAUGACUAGUUGAACUACAUGUAUUUCACUACUCCCUGCAUGUGUGGGACGUGAAGGUAGAGGACCUGCAAAGUUAAGUCAACCUCCCACCAAGACACCUCACCUUAGCAGUGGUCCAUACCUAGAUGCUAGACUGCCUGAGAGAAGAAGUGAUGUUAGAAGGCCAGUAGAGAGUGCUCCUCUCCUUGUUAUGUGUAAUGUUCCAGGGCGGUGACAGAAAAACCACAGAACAAUGAGACCGAUAUUUCACCGGAUGUAUAAAUGUGAAGCAUCCGCUUGGCGUUUCCACUCACUACCAAAUAUGGUAGUGAGAGGAAGCCAAGUGUCCGGCAGUUGGAGAAGCUGGAACAAGAUGGAUUUUGGCUGACAUUCUGCAAAUUUCUCAUUUUCUCAACAUUUGAUCUCAAUACAGUUUUCUGUUCCCAAAGCAACAAUCUGUUAUGAACAGAGUGGACCAAGUUUUUUAGACUUUACCCUUUGCUAAAGUUUUCUAAAAAUGCAUUGUUUAGGAGUGCAAAGGCGAAUUGAGUUAUUGCGCAUUUCAGAGUAGGCGUUCCCUAACAAAUAUGCAAAUGUCUGCUACAGCGCGCCAAUAGGAUCUCGCAAGCUCGUGCUUGGCUCUGCCAACCUCCUUGCUUGUUUUGCCCACUGACUAAUUUGUUCCCAUUUGAAACGACGGGCGGUGGUCUAUCUUGGUUUAGUUCUAAAAAAAUCUGAGACAGUCUGUUUCUGUUGUUUCACCAAAUACAUUCUAACCUGGAUCUCUGGUUUAGAUGCACCAUCCUCACCCUCCCAAGAUGCACCUCUGCCAUCAGACAGACCAGCUUCAGCCGUGACAGCAGUAUCCUGAUCGCAGUCUGCGACGACGCCUCUAUCUGGCGCUGGGACCGCCUGAGAUGAAGAUGACGUUGACGUUGACAAUGAGCAGCCGACUCUAUUAUCUGACGGACCAGUCACUUUGCUGCCAGGAACCGGAGACAUUUUCCAGGUACACAUUUUCUGUGUAUAGUCUGCAUCAGAUCUGUCCAAUGGAGGAGGGGUUUAACAUCUCAGGAACCACUCCCAACAUGACACAACGUUGCUACAGUCUGCGCAGAAAAAUGUGUAUCUGGAACGCACCAAUUAUCUUUGUUUUGUUUCCCUACCCUUCUCCGGAUUACACUUACACCAGCCCAUCCUUAUUAAACCCAUGAGGGGGGAGUGAAAAGGGGCACAAUUUGGGGAGAAUCAGACUGCAACCCUGGAGCCCUUCAAGCUUUCUCCCCCUUGCUAUUUGCUUCCCCUUUGCUUACUUUUCACUUUUAAAUGGGCUUUAAUAAAAGCUAUUUUUCUAAA